GCAAACCGACCGACUUCGAGCCGUACUGAGAGUCGCGAACCUCUCCGUCUGUCAGUUGUCAACUAGUAGUGGAAGAGAACGGUUCAAAACAAGCGGUGGUCUGUAUCGUCCUGUUCGCGAUUACUGUGUGGUGGACAUUUUCUUCGGUCAAAAGCAACUUGCGGGUGUACUUUACGGUCACGAGACGGUUUCCGAUCGAUUCAGGACAUCCGGGGGAUCCUAACGCGCUACCGUCCAGGGCGGAUUUGCUGCGUUCGAGGCAAGAUCCGCAACAAACAAACAGAAAGAACGCCAAUAAAAGGUUGAAUAACUAUCCACCUAGCCCACUGUGAAGCUGAUAAGCGCCCUUACAUUGUUGUUUACCCCCCGUUUUGCCAUUCCCAUGCCCGCCUCCGGCGGUGAUACUAGCACUGACGGCAACGGAGACGCAGCGUCUAUUGGGUAAUGAGUUUACACCCGCACUGUGUGCCUUGUAUUACUAAGAGAAAAAAGCGUUUAGCUCAUCGGAGAUCUCGCGGCCCGCCAAGCGCCAUAGCGUCAGCGUAGCGAAGCAGAAAUGACGAUCAUUCUGUUCCUGGUGGACACUUCUGCGUCCAUGUGUCAGAAGGCACACGUCAACGGCGUCCAGAAGAGCUAUUUGGAUAUUGCGAAGGGAGCUGUUGAGACAUUUCUCAAGUAUCGGCAGCGGUCGCAGGACUGUAUGGGUGAUCGGUACAUGCUGCUGACGUUCGAAGAUCCACCGAACAACGUGAAGGCCGGCUGGAAGGAGAAUCAUGCCACUUUUAUGAACGAGCUGAAAAACUUGCAGAGCAACGGACUUACAUCGAUGGGUGAGGCGCUGAAGAAUGCCUUCGAUCUGCUCAAUCUGAACCGAAUGCAAAGCGGUAUCGACACUUACGGACAGGGUCGGUGUCCCUUCUAUCUGGAGCCCUCGGUGAUUAUCGUACUCACCGACGGCGGAAAGUACUCGUUUCGCAACGGUGUACAUCAGGAGAUUAUACUGCCACUGCACGCGCAGAUUCCUGGGACCAAGCUAACAAAGGAACCGUUCCGUUGGGACCAACGGCUGUUUUCGUUGGUUUUGCGUAUGAGUGGAAAUCGAGUGGAUGAACGUGUAGACGGGAAGGUACCACAUGACGAAUCUAUGAUCGAGAAGAUGUGUGAGGUGACCGGCGGUCGAUCGUAUAAAAUUCGAUCCCAGUAUGUGCUGAAUCAGUGCAUUGAAAGUCUGGUGCAAAAGGUGCAGCCGGGUGUUGUUAUUCACUUCGAUCAGCUGCUGAUGACGAACAACGGCGAGAAUGGCGGUGCGGAUCUGCAGUUCCAGCCUUUGAAGCGCAUGAUUUACGUGCAGAAACAUCCUCAACAGAAAACCUUUCCCGUCGGAUUCUGGCCUAUUCCGGAGCCGUACUGGCCGGAUCCGAAAUCGAGCAGUCUGCCGCCAAGAGACGCUCAUCCGAAGAUAAAAAUCAUUACUCCAUGCUGUGAUGAACCGGUGAUGUUGCGAAAUUUUCCCAUAGAUAAGUACGAACUAGAGCCGAGCCCGCUGACGUUACAGAUAUUGUCGAAAAAGGAAACUAACAAGGUGUGGCCGCUGAUUGUUUCGAGCGGGAUGCAUGGGAUCGAGAUGCCUUUCGGUUUCCUGAAACCGAGCAGUACGAUGACAGUGGUCAAUCUGUACGUGUUACCGUACAAUUAUCAGACAUUUCUACCAUUAAUUAACGACUUAUUCCACAAGUAUAAUUUGAAUCCGCCUAACGACUGGAUUUAUAAGUUUAGCAAUUACGUCAAGUCGAUUCCCCAGUACUACUGUCCGUUCUUGAGACGUGCACUGGCCACGACUCCAAACGUGCCGUACCAGCUGGUGCAGUACAUUCUUCCGGAGAAUCUAGACAGCUAUCUAAGUCCAGCAGUGGCAAACUAUCUGAAACAGAUGAAAAACACCGCCAAACAGGACCAGGAAAAUCUGUGCCUGCGAGUGUUCAAACAGCUGAAGCAACCCAAACCGGCCUAUCAUCAGCUGGAAACGGUGAAGCUCAAUCCCGGGCUGCAACUGAAGCGUGAUCUAGUGUCGCAUCCAAUGCUGAAGGAUGCCUUCAAUAAGAUGCACGCUGAUAUUGCCAGUUUGGACAAUUACACCAUUGUGGUACCGACUGUGAUGCGACCGGCGGCGACGAAAAAUUAUCGCAAUCCGUUUGAUAUACCCAGGCGGGACCUGAUCGACGAGAUUGCCAGAAUGCGGGAAAAUUUCUUCCGACUACCGACAAGUGGAAUCACGAUGUAUACCAAGGAUAGUGGGCAUUGUCUACCGAUUUCCGAUAUGGGUAACUAUCAGGAGUAUCUAAAGAACAAAGAAACACCGCUGAGAGAACUGGAACCUACCAACGUGAGGCAGCACAUGUUCGGUAAUCCCUAUAAGAAGGAUAAAAAUAUGGUGAUGGUGGACGAAGCAGAUUUAAACGACGUGGCUCCGAUGAAGGGUGGUCGAGGGGAGCUAGGUGCCGGGGCGCUUAAGAAUCGAACAGAUCCAAACGUAAGACUGAGUCGCAAGCGAAAAGCGGGGCCAAUUAGAAAAGAUUACGUUUUCAAGCGCAAAUACACUGGCAGUUUAAGCUCUUCGUCUAGUGUAACAUCGGAGAGUUCAUCACUGACAGAUUUCUCGUCAGAUGAUGAUACUGCCUCCAUAGGUAGCAGCAUCGGCUCGGAAUCCGAGCUCGAUGACGAUCAGGACGGUAGGCUAGUGGUGGACUUCGAGUUCCCCAAUGACAAGGACGAGGAAAGCCCAAUCAACGCCCAUGUACGCGAGUUUAUUGAAGGUCCGGAUGAAGGCGGAAGUAUUGGUGCUGGUUCACCUCCUCCCGGGGAAUCGACAAGUGUCCCGACAACGAUACAUUCGGAUUAUGCACAACCUUCGCCGAUCAGUAUGCCUUAUCAACCCUUUCAUCACUCUCACCCACCGCACCACUAUCCCACGCACGUAACAACGGCGACGACGACCAUGACCACGUCAACGCCCAUAAUGGCGGUUCCGAUCAUGAAUACGUUUUCUACUUCAAGUACUAUUCCUAGUAGUAGCAAUAGCGGCAUCGCCAGUACGAACAUCACUUCGUUAGCGCCCAGUCCGAGUGACAUGAAAGAUGUACUGGAAAUAUCAAACAUCUUGAAAACCUGUCACAAUGGAGGUAACAGUUACGCCACACCAGAAGAAUCACCUCCCGCACCCGAGCCGAUCAAACCAAUAAAACCCACGAAAGCCACUAAAACGGAAGCCCCGCCAACAAAGUUGCCCGAAAGCACCGUAACAAGCGAACGCAUUCUUCUGAACGGUGGCGAUCACAUUUUACCCGUACCACCCAAAUUGAAACCCCAAGUCAGUCAUCCUAAGCCUCCCCAACCGCUUACCGAACAGGAGCGGCAGCGAAUUCGCGAGGAAAAUUACGAAACCCGCUCGAUAGUUUUCAAAGACAUUCGAAGGCCAGGGCGGAACUAUUCUCUUCUGUUGGAGCACCUGCAUCUGAUUAAAGGAGAUCUGCAAAUUCGAACGGCGUUCAUUGAAAUGUGCGUUAAGGAGGCGCUACGGUUUCGACGGAAAAAGAUGGCUGAUAGUAUCCAGGAAUGGUGGGAGAAUCAGCUUGCUGCGGACCAAGCAGAGCAAAAAUUACUCCAAAAACAACAACAGCUGGCGAAGGUAAACUGCUUCAACAAUCUGCCGGCUUCAUCUUCACACUCGAAUCACCAAGCAACUCGAUUCAGUUCCCGGCAGCAGCAGCAAUUGGCCGGAUCCUCUGCCAGUACCAGUCGCAGCAGUAGUAGUCCAAGUAGUAGUCUAAGUAAUCCCGGAAGCAGUAAAAGCUCCCACUUUUCCCAUCAGUCACAUCCUCCCAACAAACACCACCAGCAGCAGCAUCAUAAACAUUCGAAUCAUCAGAGCAGUAGCAGCAGUAGGAUAUGAGAAUGUCCGUGUCCGUGCUCCUGUUGCAUCUCUUCCUCCUCCUAACCAAUUACACCCAUCUACUUCUCGGCGGGUCGUCGUUAAGCGGAAUUGUAUAUUCUUUAAAGUUAUUUGCUUUAUAUUUUAUUUACCUAGUUGUUCCCUUCAUCCUCAUCCUACUUCUUCCUUCCCUUUGUGUCGAAACCCACAUCUAUUGUUGUUCAAAGCGUAGUUAAACGAAAGGACUGAGAACAAAAUUUAUUAGAACGGAAAGGAUACCCAGUUAGUUUAAUAGUAGAAGGCGUGAAUGACAGGGCAAUUGAGAGCGCGCAGCUAAUAUAGUGGAUCGCGGUUCGAAUCGGCACGAUUCGGCUCGGUAUUUUAGUAGGGCGCAGUUCUAGCGACCAGGCGCACCCGCGGGCGAGCGCAGGAGUUAAAAACACAAAACAAACAAAUGAGAAUGAAGGAAUAAAAUCAAAUUGAAACAAUACAAAAAACAGCUAGUGGUAAGGAUAACGAGAGGAUCGUGUAAAUAGAUAAAUGUUAAAUAAAUUGCUAUAUUGUAAGUAUGAA